AUGAAGUUCACAGUGGUCUUCGUCGGCCUGCUUGGGCUCCUCAUAGCGUCUGGUUUUUCUUACACUAUCAACAGCAACAAUGAAAGCAACGUAGGAGGAAGUGGUCCGCAGGCAGUGAGCAUCAACAACCAGCACAAUGUGGCCAACGUCGACAGCAACAAUGGCUGGGGCUCCUGGAAUGCCCUCUGGGAUUAUGAAAAUAGUUUUGCUGCAACCAGAAUCUUUGCCAAGAAAUCGUGCAUUGUGCACAAAAUGAACAAGAAUGUCAUGCCCUCUCUUCAAGAACUCGACACACUGGUCAAGGAGCAAAAGGUAAAGGAUAAAGAGCCUGAAGGAGCAACUCCCAAGGAAUUGAUGUUCUCCAUCAACCCUACCAGAGUGGAGGACCUGAGUACAUUCGGGCCAAAGAUUGCUGGCAUGUGCCAGGGCAUCCCAACCUAUGUAGCCGAGGAGAUUCCAGAUCAAGAAACAUCGCCUAAUGUUGAAUCCCACUUCCGUAUCCCCUUGACCAUAUCUGGUUCAAUAGUCUACAACCUCCAUUCCUUGACAGACCAAGAGUGA